ACCGAUUGCACAUCGCGUGAAAAGUUCUUUAGUGCUGGCAAACACGUUUGGUAGCCCGGCAUAAUUUGAUUUGAUUUUCCUGCUUCAAAAAUAUCUGACUACUUCCUCUUAUUGAGAACUGUGUUACGCCACAAGAAACAUUCAACGUCACGCGAGAAGGAAAGCUAGACUAAAGCUAAAGAGGUAGGUAUUUUCUUUGUUGUAUAUUCUCGCUUAACUAAAUGCAUUUCCUUUUUUGCGUUCUUUUUAUUGCGGUAAACUGAAGACUUGAGCUUGUAGGUGAUUGUAGGUGAUUUGUAUUGGGCUAAACGUUCACUGACAGAUAAACUCGUAACGAAGGCUUUGCUUAGGGCUGACAAUCGAUGGCCGGAAUCGAAACGUCACUAAAAUGGCUAAAAACGUUACGUUUAUAACGUUUCUGUUACAAACGAAUCGCGCCUAACAUGUUGUGGUAUAUUACAAGGGGACUCUUUGAAAAACGCGAACUGUUUGAUAAAUUUCGCUUCAAAUGGUAGUCCAGCUCGGCUUCAACGCAGUCGGCCGCUUGUAACACUGAAUGUGCUGACUCUGAAAUGUCAUAAACCAAUAUAAAUUAAUGGUCUUAAGAAGGGACUGGCUUAUUUUGAAUAAAGGUGUUUUAAAAAGUAUAGAUUCCUCCUGAGUUUAAAGGUGAUACCCCAGUACCCUCUUUUUUUUUUCUAUAAGAAUAAAUUUUAUUAGAAUAUGGAGGCUAAAAUUUGCUAAAGUUUAAGAGUAUUUUAAGAAUAAACCCCAGGCUGAGGUUUUAAAAAGGAUAUAAUUUUGUGUGUUCAAAAAGUGUAAAUACACUGAGACAUGCAGCUUCGGCAUAUUUUGACAAUUUUUAACAUCUAUUCCGCCCUGUAUUAACAGCCAUCCUUCAUGGGAACAUUUACCAUUUGCAUGCAAACUGAGAGGAAUUAUCCCCAUUUUUUAUGACCAUGUUGAAUUAAGCUCUAGCACCAUACCUGUCGUGUAAAUUUGGCGGUCAAAAGCAAAGAUUUAUUGUAGAUUGGGCUAGAACUGUUUGUAAUUGGAUGUAUUUGUUAAUAAAUGCUUCUAUCUGUUCUUGAUUAUAGAAGAUUCUUCACAUACCUGAAUUACAUCAUCCUGUGCGCAGUGAAAUGACCAUUGAUAAAAUGCCUGUUUUGUAAUUUUGAGUGUGGUGCCGUCUCAGACAGACUACACUAUUGUUUAUAAGAAUGUUUUUUUCUCUGCCUAGGCUGAAUAUUCGUAUUUUUCUGCCGAUUUUAGGUUGAAAUAUUCUUGUAUUAUUCUUAAAUUAUAGCUUAUGACAUUUCCGUUUUAGAAUGUAUUGGGGUAUCAAGUAUAGUUAGUGCAGUUUUUUUCGUCUUGUUGGCAGGUUUUGCGUUGAAAGAAUAGAAUAAGUUGAAAACAUAUAAUUGUAUUGUGCAGUCGUCGGCCCCGUUUAGGUUUGACUCGUUAAGAUUAAGAGAUUACUCGUAUAAUUGAGAGUCAACAAAUUGCGAUGGCAACUUAUUUACGUCUUAAAUGAGCUCUGAAAAGACAAAGAAACUCUGUUGCUGUACUCUAACAUGAGUCACGUUUGAGUAAUAUUUGAAAAUGCUAGAGUUUGUACUGGCUGUGUAGAAUUGCACGUAUGAUUGACUCGCUGCGCCUUAAAUCAUUUCCGUCAGUGCUUCCGUCAUCUUUCUUGUAAAUCAGAAAACGGGUGUAAAACCCCACUACAGUUCAUGGAAUAAAUUGCAUUUUUAGAAGCAUUGACCCCUGAUCCCUCAUUAAUUAGGACAUCCCUUCAGUUUCCUAAAAUCAGGAGCCAAGCACUAUCUACUAAAACACCACUUGUUCUCAAACUUUCCCGUUUACUGCCAGGAAUUACUCAGUGCUCUUUUGUUGCGGUACUUUGUCGUAGUACGACAGAACAAUACUGUGAUCUAACUGCUCUCUUCUCCACAGAGGCUCCAGCUGGAUGCAUUCCAAAAACCUAAUUAUUACAAAAAAUAAGGUACUAAGCGCGGGACGAAGGAAAAGGCAGCAUCCUCAAGGCUUCUUCCUUCUUUCUCCCCCUUCGCACCCGCCCCAGCUAGGGCGCUUUAUUUUCCUCUCCCCUACCUCCCUGAGAUUUAAAGAGACCUCUGGGGAGAAGAAAAGACCUACAGUACUACCGUAAGUAACCAAAAGGUUGGAGAUUCCAAACGCCCCAUCCCCUCCCCUCCCUUUAACCAAGUGAAUUCGGAUAACGUUUUCGGGUGCUUUCCACAAGCAGGUUAUGUUGCUUUCUUUUUUCCAUUAUUUCUUCAUCCAGGUUUGCAACUGGCCUUAACGCAUUUUGUGUCUGUGAGAAACAGCAAUGGCAAACAAUACAACUGACGCUAACGAGCAAGGAAUGUCAUGUAUUCUCACCGAAGAUCCCAUGGAGGCAAAAAUCUGCAAAGCACUAGCUUACUCUCUUCUUCUCGUCUUCUCUCUUCUUGGAAAUACCUUGAUCAUCAUGGUCGUCUGUAGAGAUGACAAAAUGAAGACGACCACGAACCUACUCAUUGUAAACAUGGCAGUUUCCGAUCUUUUGGUUCCCGUCUUCGCCAUGCCUUGGGCAAACGUCGAGAUAUUCUACGGAAAUCUCCGAUGGCUUAUCGAUGGCGCGUUUGGGGAGGCUCUUUGCAAGCUCACAGCGUUUUUUCAAGAUAUAUCGACGGCAGUAUCAGUUCAGAGUUUGGUCGUCAUUUCCGUGGAACGCUUUUACGCCGUGUGGUUUCCAUUAAAAGCGAUUCGUAUCAAACCAAGAGUAAAAUACGUUAUUUUAUUCAUAUGGUCCACUUCAUUACUAAUUCACGUCCCAUAUCUGUACGGUUUCAGAAUAGGGACAUUUAAUGGACAAACCUACUGUUAUGUGGCUUGGUCGCGCCCUGUAACAAAAAUCGUCUUCUUGCUAUUGAUAAUAAUAAUAUAUAUAAUACCUCUAGGGGUGAUAACAACUCUGUAUAGCCUGAUAGUCCAGAAGCUUAGAGGACAAUCAUUCUAUGGGGUGAGAAACUUAGUAAUCCACUUUAGUCAGCGAGAAAAGAGAAAUCGCAAUGUUUUAAAGAUGUCACUGGCAAUCAUUGUAGUGUUCUUUCUCUCAAUGUCCCCGUUUGUUGUAUAUCUCUCAAUUGAUAUAUUCAGUGAUGGAAGAGUGUGCCUUUCGAAGAACUUUCGCUUCAUUACUCAAUAUCUUGUCCAUUGUAACGGUGCCUUAAACUUUUUUACUUACUUUACUUUUAAUCAAAGCUACCGUCGUGGUGUCUCCAAAAUACUUUCCCGAGUUUUUUGUCCUUGUUUUUCCUUCUUUGGACGAAGAAAGGAAGUAGACCUAAGUCACCAUCUUCAGGGCUUAGAGUCUUACGGAUCGCAUGCAACUAUUAACACUGGAUUGGACUGUGACAGUAAGAAUAUUGUCCUCACUAGAGUUUUUUCACUGGAGAAAUCG